AAAAAACUGUACCUCGAACAGACGCAAAGUAUCAAAUGCUGCGUCAUUUUCCUUUUUCCCAUUUUAACACUCGCAGCCUUCUUGUCACUGCACUUCCACUCUCUGCAUGCCUAGACGGAUUCUGUUAUGUCUGGAAGGAAUUAGUUUGAAAGGGGCAUUAUAUGAUUGUGGAGUUAUUUAAAAAUGGGGUCUGUCGUUAGUCAAGCUGCUAAUGGAAUUGGAGGUGUUGUUGGAAAUGCUUUUGCGGUUCCGAUCAAGACUCUAUUCGGCGUUUCAUGCGAGGAUGUUUGUUCAGGACCAUGGGACUUAAUUUGUUUCAUCGAACACUUAUGCGUCUCCGAUCUGUUGAAACUGUUGAUGAUAUUUGCCCUCUCCUACAUGACUUUGAUGUUCUUCUACCUACUGUUCAAGAUCGGGGUUUGCCAAUGCAUAGGAAGAAGCCUUUGCAAGAUGUGUUGGGCUGCAUGUGAGACAUACUGGUUUGCUUUAGACGAUAUAACAUGUUUCUUAUGGCACAAGUUGAAGAACACAAAGCGGGUGAAUAGACGCCGACGAUUCCGAGACAUCGAAGCUGGCUACACUUCAAGUUCAGAAACUGAUUUUUCAGAAGAUUAUCAUCAUUUGGGUAGAAAACGCAAGUCAGCAAUGGAAAGAAGAAAAAUCCGCUCGCAGUCUUGGAGGUCUCUCCAUCCUUCAAGCAGGUUUGGCAGUCGAAAUAACAACCAUCGGCAGCACCAUCAACACCGUGUCAGGUUGAAGACUAGGGAAAUCUCUGUUCAUGUCAAGGGUGGAUCGCGAAGACCAAGGAAUUCAAGACAGUUUCAGUUAGCUAGAUUAAGAAAUCCUCGAAGAAACAUGGGAAUGUUCAAAAGAAAGCGACUUAGAUGAUUAUAUUAAUGAAAUUUUCACUAGAUAAUGGUGAUGGUGAUGCUGAAAGUUUGUUCCAGAGAUUAUCAUUAGAAUAGAUAUUAUUGGGAUUGAACAUAUUUAUUUGUUAAUAUAGGUGCUAAAACCGACUUUAAAAGAAGGUUAAAACCUUAGUA